AAAGCGCAUUAUAAAGCUUUCGUUAAUUGGACAUGCCUCGAUCGUCAAAGUAUACGUACUAUGAUUCUGAACUUUGUAAUGCUAACUUGCAAAUGAAUUUUGGAAUUAAUAUUUCUAAAACUAAAGUUUCUUGGGGGAAAGGCUUCAUCAGCCAUUUUGAAUGUGCCAAAUUUAGCUGACUGUUGCAAUGAAAAAUCGCAUCUGCAUAUCUAAACGAGGUUAAUUCUUUUUUCAACAGUUUUGCCUAUCGCUCGUAAGCAACAAUAGACAUAAUUGUACGUUGACAAGGGGAUUUUGACCUCCAAUCAAAUGAAGAAAUCCUCUUAUAGGAUUUGACCAUUGCUAUAAAAGCCCAUAGGACUUUCUCUCGACCAUUAGUCAGGACACAGAAGUUAGUGAACAACAAGGCCAUGGCUUCCUACUGGACUCUCAUUGCUUUGGGGAUUUGUUGCUACCAAAUCCCGUCCUCCUCCAGUUUCCGCAUGGUCAACCCAUAUCGAAUUGAUUUGAACGACCUCAUCCAAUACGAUUCAACUUUGGAGCGAUGCCCCCGAUUCACGCACCAACCCACUCUGACCUACCCGAAAAAUGCUCAUUUCGGUAUGAAAAGAUCGAAUCAAUUGGCAAGCAACCAACAAAUAAAGAGGGACGAAUUCUAUCGCAUCACCAAACGAAGCAUCAUUCCGUCUGAGGGUCUGCAGUCCAUGGCAGCCAAAGAGAAGUCCAGUCCCAACUCCAGAGUCAAGAGAUCAUUUUGGCGAGGACCCCGAUUUCUCAUCAUCAAGGGCGGCAUUGUUUGUGAAAGCCAAGAUACUGACUCAAUCGCACCGGAGUUCAUGAAUUUGCCCGAGGGCGAAUGGCAACAACAUCCAGAGAUAAGGGAGUCUAAGCCAUGCGCUCCAGGCGAGAACUGUAUGUACUCCAAAAGAGAUUCUCAAAUGGGGUAUUUUUAAAACGGAUAUAUGAUGAAUAUCGAUGGCACAACUGGAAAUGAUGUACGAAAUAGAUUAUGCCUAUGUGCUCACGAUUUGCUCUCAAAAGAAUAACAUGACAAAUGAUUUGAUCAAAUUUUCGUUCAGAAGAGGCUCUCUAGAAUGACAUUAUUGAAAAUAUUAUGCAUAACUCCUGGAAAUGAAAAUAUAUUGAGAUGAAAUCCAGAAAUUUAUCUUCUUAGGUUAGCAUCGAGACACUGAAAAUGUUCCAUGCGUAAAUGGUUAACCAGAGUGCAUUUUCCCAAAGUGUUCUCAAGCACUUAACUGCACUUAAGCACCAUUGGCGUAAACCAACAGCAA